AUGACAGCUCCUGUGUUCACAUCGGUAACUCCAUCUUGGCUCAACGUCACCCAAGAACCUGACAUGAAUCAGACUUGUGAGGAAAGUGAGGAUUUCAAAUAUUUGGCGUACAAAGUCACGUACAGUGUCGUAUUCCCUAUUGGAUUUAUCAGCAACUCUGUGGCUUUGUUUGUGUUCCUGCGUCUCACUCCAAAGAAGACGGCCAACACUGUAUUUAUGACUAACUUGGCUAUUUCAGAUGUUGGCUUCUCCUUGACGUUGCCCUUCCGUCUGGUGUACUAUUUUAGGGGCGGUCUUAGCGUACUACGGUACAUCGCCGUAGUUCACCCCAUUCGCAACAAGUCCCUGGUUACGGUGUGGAGAGCCAGACUAUCAUGCUUUGCGAUCUGGGUUUUUGUGGCCUGCUCGUCAAUUCCAUUCCUCAUGACAGGUACUACAGAGCGGCAUAACAAGAUGCGUUGCUUUGAACCGGGGAACAACAAGUCAUGGAAUCGCAUAUAUAGCUUGAACUACGUGGGGGUUUCGUUUGGAUUCGUCAUUCCGUUCAUUAUAAUUCUCGUCUGCUACGGAUGCAUCAUCUGCAAACUCAUCAAAGGACGAAAAAUUGGUAAUCGAAGAGGAAACACCCGCCGACGCUCGGUGUAUUUGAUCGCCGUUGUCCUGAGCACAUUCCUGCUGUGUUUCCUACCAUAUCACGUCGCUCGCACAGUCCAUCUUUAUGCCAAAGUUUUAAAUGAGAGCUGCCCGGUCAUUGAGUUCCUCGUGAAAAUUCUGGUCAUCUCGUUGUGCAUGGCGGCGUCCAACAGUUGCUUCAACCCCUUGUUGUACUACUUUGCAGGAGAGACUUUCCGCACGGCCAUCCGUAGAGUGUCAGAUCGAAGGACUUUAGGUUCAUUCAGCCAUAGUGGUGUUUAUCCGUCUUUUCGACGUCGAAGCAGCUCGCAGAAGUCAAGGCACCAAGGCUUCACUUCUGUACGCCAAGACUGUCUGCCCUGCUCCUGCCAGGUCAUAAACGAAAAGAAACCUGAUGGGUGCAAGUCUGACAAGCAAUGCAAACGGUCUGACUCUGAAGAAAAGCAAGUCCAUUAUGAUUUGCAGUAG